UUGUUGCAUUCUGCGUGGAAAGAUCGUUUCGUAAAUUCCUUUGCUCUUUCGAUACGUACAGAGAUAUAGGUUAACAGAGUGAAAAAAGGUGCAGUUUUUACCGUGGCCGUGCUUUCUAGUGAUAAAAUCGUACAUCUCAGUAGCUUAUUUUCAACGAUAUUAGCACAUCAACGGUAAUUUCCAAACAAUUCCUUUGAUUAAGGAAUAUGUUUUGAGAGUUGAUUCAUAUGUCAUACGAACAAGAGGUCAUCAUUGUUGUAGUUCACGACACACCUAGACUGUGGUCGAAACGAUGAAUACCUCCGGCCGAUUCCAGUCGGCGAAAAACCUUCAGCCUGCACGGUCAUUGAGAGAUCCCGGGCACAACCGUCAUGGUUCCGGUAAUUUUGCACCAAUUUCUGAUCAAAUUAGCGCCUACCAGCAGCUACCAACUCGCUCUCAGUUAAACGGUAACGAUGCCUUGAUCGGCAAUGGAAGCAAUUUUAGAUCCCCUCCAUCGUCAAAUGGCAACAACAGCUUUGGAAUGUCGAAAAACGGCCUACGCCGACACGACGUACUGCGUUCGGCAGAUUCGAGCUUCGGUAGCAAUGUGAGUCAGGCCAGUAGUGGUAGUGGCAAGGAAAUUCAUACCAUUGUCACGUUCAGCUCAACCACAUUAACGACCUGUUCAACGCAUCAGGUGUAUGUUUCGUAUGUCGAAAAUGGACCUAAGCUAUUCACCGUGCAACUAGAAGCUUCGGAGAAAGCCCUUGCGGAAAUGAUGAACUCAUUGGAGCGGGUUCCUCUGCGCAAUCUCUCCCGCAAACCGACACUGGGAAUGGCCUGCAUUGCCCGCUUUUCGGAAGAUCAAGUACUGUACAGAGCUCUGAUAAUGAGUAUCAAUGUGGACUCCUGUCUGGUAUCGUACGUUGAUUAUGGUAACAGCGAAACAGUUGACUUUAAGAAUCUUUACGAAAUUCCCAAAGAGUUUCUAAAACAUAAAAUUUUCGCUAUGAGAUUCACACUGUCGAAUGUUAAAAAGUUAGAAAACGCUAAUGCCGAUAUUUCUGGCUUAUUUUCUUCAUUGGUAUUAGACAAAAUGCUUACAAUGAAGGUGAUGCCGCUAGAAGGUCCGGCUUUCGUUCAAUAUUGUGAGUUGUACGAUCAGAACGAAAAUAUACUAGAUAAGCUGUUUGAUAUGUGCAAGGCAAAGCCGCUCAAGUUUCCCGAACCAAUUUCAUUGGAUCGUGGAACCAGCUGUAUAAUUAUCAUCCGAUACAUUGAUUCAUGCAGAAAGUUCUUCGUACAGCCCGUAGAUAAUGUACAACAAUUCGAAGAUUUUUUGGACGAACUUGCUGAUUUUUGUCGUAAAAGUUCGGUUAUGAAUGUAUUGAACCUGCGCGAUCCUUGUGUCGCUUGUCUGAACGGCGAAGGAGACUAUCGAGCGGAAGUGAUUGAAAAGAUCGGCGAAAAGGUCAAGGUUAGGCUAGUAGACUACGGAAACAUCAUGACUGUGGAAAAAAAUCAGAUCAAACGUUUAUCACCAACGUUCGUAGAACGACCGCCGCAGGUUAUCGAAUGCUGUUUGGAUGGAUUUCAGGAUGUGAGCGAAGAUAAUCUCUCCACAACUCAGCUGGAGAUGUUAUCCGAGAAUGAAAAUGGUGAUCGCAAGCAGUUCAAGCUAUCAGUUUUGGACGUUGUGAAUGGUGUUUGCAUUGUUAAUCUGCUGGAUGAGUCUCUUUCCCCAGUGUUGAAUGUUUCAAAGCGGUUAUUGAAGUUGAAAAAUCCGGCUAAAUUUAUUAAGGAUCAACAGCAGCAGCAGCAACAACAACAACAGAAAACUGUUUCGGCUGCUAAACCUACAUUCCAGCAACCUCAGCCGGUUCAAGCUCAGCAAGCUCCCGUAAUUUCCGCUCGCAAUCCAUUCCAUUCAAAUUGGCUAGUUUCGGACAGCUCCAAUAUUUCGCAAACAUCGUCCGUACAAAUGCCUGAGUCUGAGGUGAUAGAUCUAACCAAAGAUGACAGUCAACCGCAGUAUCCAGCGCCAGCGAGCAAUAAUUUCAAUUACGCUGCCAGUCGUUCCGGACCUCCCAGCAACCGCAGCGGACGCGAUAGUCACAACUCCAGUCGGGAUGGUAACAGCAGCUUCGGUAGUACCAAAAAAGAGCGGUUUCAACGACCUGACAUUCCUCGGUUUAAUAGAGAACGAAAUUCAACACCUGCCUACAUAGAGCACGACGAUCGCUGCGAGGAUAGCAACAACUACGACUACCAGGAUAAUCGCCAUGAACGAGAGAAAGUUGUUCCCAAGGAACGUCCAAGUGAUACGGGAAGUGAAUCAGGCUUCAAUACACAAUCUGCUGAAAGACCUAGCUCAUCAAUGGAUAGCCUAAAAUCUGCAGUUAGUCAAGAUCUGCCGGACGAUAAUGUCCCAUAUACCUUUGAGCUUUCGGAGCAGAUUGUUCCAAUGAACAUGAAGGUGGCGAUUAAACUGACCUGGUGGGUAUCACCGGAGGAGUUUUAUGUUAUACUAAAAGAAGAUGACAAUAAGUACGACGAGAUGAUGAAGCAGAUUCAAAAGUUCUACAAAAAUAAAUCUCCAGUGGAUGAUGUUCCCCCAGUGGGCUCCACUGUGGUUGUCCGAUACCAAAAGCAUAACGCCUUCUACCGAGCACAAGUGCUGAAGCAUAACGAAGUGCUCGGUAAAUUUAAAGUGGAAUUGGUAGACUGCGGCAACAAAACGAUCGUCACCGGUGCCGAUUUGUGGAAGCUGAAUAAACGUUUCGCAACAUUACCGAAGAUGGCUCUGCGGUGUACGUUGACCAACAUCAAGAUGAACUGUGACGUAAAAGAACUGCAGAACAAAAUCGACAAAUAUGUGACUAACGAGCGUUCUAUCGAGUGUGUAUUUUUGGAACGAAGCGAGCAGCGGCUCAUUUGCGAUGUCGAAGCGGACGGGGUAGAUCUGAAGCUUGCGUUGCUAAAGGAUAAUUUAAUUGCUCAAAUACUCACCGACAUUGACCUCGACCGUUUGAAAGGUCAAACUCUUAAGAUAAAACUGAUUGAACUGAUGGAUCUCGAUCAGUUCCGUGUGAAAAUUGUUGGCAGCGAUGCGGUUCUGAAUUGCCGCCAUGUAGAACAUGCAGCCUACGAACAUUCCGUGGUGGCUGACGUCAGAUCGAAUUGGCUCGAUCAGUUCUGCUUUGCGCAGGUUGAAGAUGUAUCAAAUGACGAAAGAUUGAUACUAACUCUCAUGAUUCCACAAUUAUCGACUCAGAUUCUACCCACGAUCGUAGACAUGCCUAUACUGCAAAACAAAUUCAUUGCACUUGUGACAUACGUCUACGAACCGAAUUGUGUUUACGUACAGAAUGUGAAAUGGAGCACAGAAAUUGGUAAGCUGCUGGAUGAUUUGUUCGAUUACUACGAGCAACACGGUGAGGUUGUCCAGAAUCUACAGGUCAACGAACUGUGUGCGUCGAAAUCCGCUGACGGCAAUUGGUAUCGUUCGAAAAUUAUUUCGCUGCAAGAUGUGGACAAUAUCGAGGUGCUUCUGGUGGAUUACGGAAAUCGCGAAAAGGUUAAACACCAGGAUCUCAAAGUAUUGGAAGCUCCAUUCCGUGAGUACAGUGCUUUCGCACACCGUGUCUACCUACCAUUGGCCUGCCUCAACGAGGGAGACGAGGAGCAGUUGAAACAGGAAAUUGCAUUGCUCACUGGCGGCUACGAGCUUGAGCUAACUGUCCUCGAUUAUCGGAACGACAUUUGGAUCGUUGAUAUUACUUCAAAUGAUUACAGUAUUGUGAAUGUACUCAAAGACAAGCAAUUGGUAAAGGAUUUGGACCACGAAGAGAUUUUAAACCAAAAAACGGCACCGGUGUGCAACGAGAACAGUAUGGAAACGAUUCCGGAACAGGUUGAGGAGACAGAACCCGAGCCAACAUCACAGAAAGUUAAAGCGUUUAUUAGUCAUGUUGACAAUCCCAAUCAGCUGUUCGUGCAGAUGUGUUCUGAUCUAGAGGAUUUGGAUCAACUGCAGGAGAACCUGCAAAUUAUCGCCCAAGCUUUACCGCCGCUGAAGGAUUUCUCCGUCAAUCGACACUGUAUUGCUCCGUACUCUGCUGAUGACCUUUGGUAUCGUGCUCGUAUUAUCGACAGCCAUGACGAUUUGAUUAUCCAAUUUAUUGACUACGGCAACAGUGAUGUGAUCACUAGUAAUAAGAAAAAUGACCUGAAAGAUGUUAACGAGAGUUUGAUGAAAUUUAAGAUUUACGCUAAACAAUGCUCUUUGCUUGCGAUACCAACGGGAGGUAAGAAGAGCUGGAACGAGGAAGCAACUAUGUUGCUGCGAGAGCUGGAUGAGGUGGAGAUACAAUAUCUGAUCGAAGCACAAGGUGUGAAUUACAUUACGUUGAAAAGUGGAAACAGAGAUCUGACAGAGGAGUUAAUUUCGAAGCAACUGGCGGGCAAGAUGGAGUUCGUGCCAUCUGGUCAACGUUGUUUUACCAGUCAUAUUGAGUCGAUUCGGGAGUUUUAUCUUCAACUCGAACGUGAUAUUAAUCCGUUGGAUGUGAUGUCAGAUUACAUGGCACGAUUCGAAGAGUUUGCUCUAGUGGCUAAUCCUCUGAUUGGAUCUGUUUACGUUGCGGAAUUCCCCGAUGAUGGUCUUUGGUAUCGCGCUCGUAUCCUGCAGGUUAAAGAGGACAAGCAGUUUGAGGUCUUUUUCCUUGAUUAUGGUAAUACCUUGCUGGUGCGAAAUGUGCGCGAAUUAGAAUCUGGGGUAGCUGAACUACCAUCUCUCUGUACAAAAUGUACCCUCAAACUACCAGAUGGUGUCAAGGCGUGGUCUGAGGAAGCUGAAACAAAGUUCAGGGACAUUGCUGCAAUGGGUGAAACGGUGUUCACGGUCCAACUUAAUAAUCCUGGCACGGUAGCCACCGUUGAACUUUUCCUAGAAGAGGUUAACAUCAACGAGCAGUUGAUGGAUUUGUGUGAGAAAGGAUCCGCCAACGUGAUGAACUCCAGUUUCUAUCUUAGCGAAGAUAAAACAAUAGAUGACAGUUAUCCUCUGGAAGGAUAUGUGUUCGUGAGUCACGUCAAUUCUCCUGCAGACUUCUACAUACAAUUUCGCAACACGUUCGAUGCACUGAAAAACAUGGAAGAAUUACUGGCGAGUAAAGCAGCUCAAUGCGAGCGCCUGACACAUGACGAAAUUUACGAAGGCAUGUACUGUUUGGCUUAUUUAGUUUCAUACAAUAAGUAUUACCGCGCCCAGAUAAUCUCUGCCGCGAAUCGACAGUACAAGGUUCAAUUGAUAGAUUACGGUUUCACGUCGUUUGCUACCGAUCUCCGAAAAAUGCCUUCCGGUAUAGAGCAAAUUUCGCUACUAGCCAAAAAAUGCUGCCUGGAAACGUAUUCCCCCAACGAAGAAAACGUCCUAGAAGUGGUCCAGAAACGGUUCCUUUCGCUCACCGACGCUGGACGUGCUAAAUUUUCCUUCGAGAUUGUUAGCAACGAGGGAGAGCCGAACAUUGUACGGCUUUUCACCGAAGAUGGAAAAAAUGUCGAAGAUCUGCUAGAGUGUGUUGACACUAGGUUCACUGACAGUGCUAACAACAAUCACAGCAAGGCCACGGUAGCUGUUGCUCCUCCGCCACCAACUCCAGCCGAUCUGGUAAAACCGGCUCGCUCAAGGACGAAGCAGGCAUUCUACCGAGCGAAAAGUGACCUCGAAAUUUAGAAACAGUAUAGUUUCGAAGUAUACUGUGCUAUGCUUAGCAAAUAAGCUGCGAAUCGAGAGAAAACAAACACCAAAAUCGAAACUGUUGUUACUUUUUAGUUAUAACUGAACUGAAACUAAUAUUUAAAUGUUCACUCUAGUUUGUAAAUGAAGCGAAACAUUAACUUACGAAUCUGUAGAAUCAUUUCGAUUCACCUCAUUUGCCAUGAGCAGAGCUGCUAUCUUCGCGGGUUUUUAUUUUCGCAAUUUUUGUUUUGUUUUAUAAUGUUAUUUUUUAGGCUUGUCCACUUAUUCAAUAACACAAGCAAAAAACACUUUCAUGCAGGACUAUUACUCAUGUACAUCACAGGUUCAUUCAUUUGCACCCUGAUAAGCGAACUGAUCUUAUGAUUACUACAUAUAUAUUGAUAUUAGACUCAACAAUAAUUGAUAGAAUAGAUAAUUCUUCCGGUAUAUUUAUGAGAGGAAAAUAAUAAAUCAUUCGUCGAAUAAACCAACUUAAUACGAAUCGAAAACAGUUAUGAGCUAAGGAUUUUUUUUUGUGCAAUAGCACUGAGUACGCAAAGAAAUAACUCACGCGGUAUGCAAAGCAAGGCCUUAAACAGAAUCAUAUUUAUUAUAUUUGAAACAAUAAUUGUUAUAACACAAGAGAUGGACCUAUUUUAUGGUGAAAUUAGAAGUAGAAGCAAUAAAUAAAACUUUCAUAUGCAAA